AUGUUAGAAAUCUACUGUCAGGGAGGGCCUCAGCUGGAUGGAGGUUGGCACCAAGGUGUAGAGCGAGGAGUUCAGACCUUCUACAGGCCUUCCCCCAGGCCCACUGCUCACGGCUUUCUUGGGGUAGUAGAGCUGGAAAGGCCCCUGGCCAGCCUUUGGUGUACAAUCCGAGACCACUCUAAGACUCACCUCUACCAUGACUCAGUCAGAUCAGCCUGGACCCGACCACUAGAUGACGACACACAGCUGGUCUAUCUGCUGACGGACCCAGGCCGUUGUCUCCUCAAACAGCCGCGGGAUUUCUGUUGCCUCAGCACUGAGUCCAAACAGGAGGACACGUGGGUGUUGGCAAUGCAGUCUGUGUUUGAGGAGUCUCUGCCACGCCCCAGUGUGGAUGCUGUCCGUGGUGAGAUGCUUCCUAGUGCAUGGAUCCUUCAGCCCAGUCAGCGUAAUGGGCGAGAACUUGUCACAGUCAUCUAUUUGCUGCAGGUUGAUCUGGGAACUCCAGCCCUGCCUCAGAGACAUUUAAGCACAGUGGCGAGAAAACAGUCGGCUGUCAUUGCUGACCUUGAUUCUUUUUUCUCCCUGUGA